UUUUUUCUUAUUUAAUUUUUGUCCAUGUCCACAGCUAGUUAUUAGUUUCUAUUACUUAUAUAUACUCAAGAAAACUAAAAUCCCAUACAACUCUUCAUCUCUUUUUUUCUUCACAUCUCUAGAUUUUUCAACAACCAAAAGAAAAUGAAAAAUAAAACAGCCCUUAUACUAAUUUUUUCCACUCUAAUUUUGUCGUGCUUCAUAGCUCGUGGCAAUGCCAAAAAGCAAGUUGAAGCACUUUCGCGUAUCUACAGAGAGAAGAUGAAAAGUGAUGGUGACAUUGACAGAAGCCAUUUUCAUGUUGAUAAUUUUCAGUUUGCAGUUGAGACGGCCGAAGAAGGGCAGAAAGAGAAAGACAGGAUAGGGAGAUUGCCUGGGCAGCCAGCUGGCAGUAAUGUGUCGCAUUUUGGUGGAUAUGUGACAGUGAACAUAAAGGCCGGUCGAGCUUUAUACUAUUACUUUGUUGAGGCUCGCAAUUCUCACAACACAUUGCCUCUUCUUCUGUGGCUCAAUGGAGGGCCAGGUUGUUCUUCUCUUGCCUAUGGAGCAAUGCAGGAGCUCGGCCCCUUCCGUGUUCACAGUGACGGCAAAACACUCUACACAAACAAAUUUGCAUGGAAUCAUGCUGCAAACGUCUUGUUCUUGGAAUCUCCAGCUGGAGUUGGGUUUUCCUACUCAAACACGACUGCUGAUUUCAUUGGAAAUGCUGUGAUCAACGACGAGACCGACACGAAAGGGAUGUACGAAUAUUUCGGGAGUCACGCUUUGAUAUCAGAUGAUAUUGCGUAUCAAAUAAAGAAAUACUGUGAUUUUUCUCCUAAGGUCACCAAACAAUCAGUUAAAUGCAUUGAAGCUGCUGGUAUAGCAGAUAAGAACAUUGAGAACAUUGAUAUAUACAACAUUUAUGCUCCAUUAUGCUCUAAUCCUAACCUCACCGAUAAGCCCAAGAAGAUUUCAGGAAUGAGCAUUGACCCGUGCAGUGAAUAUUAUGUGCACGCUUACCUAAAUAGGCCGGAGGUCCAAAAGGCACUUCAUGCGAAUGUCACUAAUAUACCCUAUGAUUGGCAACCUUGCAGUGAUGUCAUCAAGAAAUGGCAAGAUAGUCCAUCAACUGUCAUCCCUCUUCUCAAAGAGCUUAUAGCUAAUGGUCUUCGAGUUUGGAUAUUUAGGUUGGUGGAUAUACACAAGUAUAUGAAGGCAACUUAAGAUUCGCAACAGUGAGAGGGGCUGGGCAUCAAGUCCCAAGUUACCAGCCAGCCAGAGCCCUUUCCCUCAUUAUGCAUUUUCUUGCUGGGACAAAUCUCCCUAGCUAAUUACUGCCUACCUCAUUCAUAAAUAAAUUCAAUAUUAAUUACCAUAACCCAUUAAUUCUUUCCUGCCACUGAACUCAAUGAUUGUUUAUUGUGAUUAAACCAUAUGCACCUGGUUGGCUGGAUAUUAGAUUUAAUUUGUUGAAGAAUUCAUUUAUUUGGAAACAUCGAGAAAUAGACUUUGAAUGAAUCUGAAUCCAAGGACUCGUCUAUAGAUUACUUUCGAGGACUAAACAUAUGUUCUCAAGUACAAACUGCCUCAAUGAAACUUGGAUAAAAGUAAUCAUGAAAAUGGUCAUAAUGUUCAAAACUGAGUGUCGAUUACAUAGAAAU